UUAAUUUUUUUCCUGCACUUUUUUAUCAAUCUAGUAGUUCAAUCUAGCUAUAAGGAUUAGCUUUAGUAAAAACUAGGGGUUGUGGGGGUGUCUAAAUGAAGUGGAACACUGGACGGUAGAGUCGUCAAAAGACUUGUUUCUUCCAUAUUUUUGACCUUAGCUACAUGGAACAAUAUAUAGUCUGGAUUGGCAACAGAAAAGAAAGAAUGGAACAGAAAUUACUCCAAAUUCUACAAAAAUGUAGAAAUAUGAGUGAAUUGAAACAAACCCAUCUCCGAAUUUUGAUUCAUGGGUUUCAACAAAGCAAUUUCAUUGUAUCAAAAUUAUAAGUUUCUCUACUAAAUUCAAUUCAAAUAUUCAAUAACUCUCUUUUUCCAAAUGUAUUUGUUCAUGAUACAACGAUUGAGUGUUUCUUACAGAAAAACCAUAAAAAAGAUGCAUUUUUUAUUUAUAAUUCAAUGAGGGUUUCGCGUAAUAAUUUCACACUUAUGUUCUUUUUAAGUGGCGUCAAUCUCAUCAGGAUGUUGAUACUGGGAGAGAGUUACAUACCCAUGUUGUGAAAUUUGGAUUUGGGUGGGUAGUGCAUUCAAGGUGUUUGGAGAAAUGGCUGAAAGAGACGUUGUUUCUUGGAAUUCUAUGGUUUGUGCUUAUAUGAAUCAUGGUGAGCUGAAGUUGGCAAUUGAGUUGUUUAAGUCUAUGAAAGAGAGAAAUGUUGUUUCAUGGAAUUUGGUUAUAAGUGGUUUGGCCAAGAAAGGAGAUAUGGAGUCGGCAAGGUUGUUGUUUGAAGAGAUGAUAACUUGGAAUGCUGCGAUGAAGAAUGCAAGGUUGGGUCUUGAUAAUGAAGUAGCUUGGAAUGCCAUGAUAUCUGGUUAUAUGAGGAAUGGUGAUGUGAAGAAUGCAAGAUUGAUUUUUAAUCAGAUGCCGGUGAAAUCUGUAGUUUCUUGUACUGCUAUGAUUUCUGGAUACACUAAAGUUGGUGAUGUUGGAGAAAUCAACAACCUUUUCUAUUCAGUUCCAGUUAAGAGUGUCAUUACUUGGAAUGCGAUGAUUGCGGGUUUUGUUCAGAAUCAUAAAUUUGAUCAAGCAUUGGAAGUUCUUCAUAGAAUGUUGAUGUCUGGUGAAUGUAAGCCGGAUGAAACUGCUCUUAUGAGUGUUCUCUCUGCCUGUACUCACCUAGGUGCUCAUGAACAAGGAAAACGGAUCAAGUCUUAUAUUCAAAAGCGGGAUGUUGAAAUUUCUACUUCAUCAAGGACAUGUUUGCAAAAUGUGGUGAUCUUGAAAGUGCAAGUUUAAUGUUCAAUCAACUGAGAAAGAAGUGCAUUAUCACAUGGACAUCAAUGGUUGCAGUCUUAGCCUUUAAUGGGCAGUGUAAAAAAGCUUUAACUCUCUUCGAAGAGAUGUAUGUGGAAAGAAUACAACCAGAUGAUGUCAUCUUCAUUGCUGUUCUCUCCGCUUGCACUCAUGGGGGACUGAUUGAACAAGGACAGCGAGUUUUUAGUCAAAUGGUGAAACAGUUCUACAUUGUCCCUCGAAUUGAGCAUUAUGGAUGCAUGAUCGACCUUCUUAGUGGAGCUGGGAAACUAGGGGAAGCACACACAUUAAGUACGAGUAUGUCUAUGAAGCCAAAUGCCGCUCUUUGGGCUACUUUACUUGGUUUUUGUAAGUUGUAUGGACAAGAGAUGUUAGAGGUUGUGACAAAGAAGAUCCUCGAACUGGAGCCGUCAAAUCCUGCUUAUUUAAUGAUGGUUUCAAAUUUGAACGCACCGAUCGGCCGGUGGGAGGAUGUUUUAAAUGUUAGAGCAGCAAUGAAUAAGGAAGGAAUCCAGAAAGUUCCUGGUAGUAGCUCAAUUCAAGUGGAAAAUAAAGUUCACGAGUUUCUGGUUAAGAACACCAAACAUAAAAAUAGGAUGGAGAUUUUUAAAACUUUAGAUUCUCUCUACGAUCAGUUGAAAACAGUUGGAAUUAUGGAAAAGAGAGAAAAUGUGCUUCUUGGUAUGGCUUAAUAUGCAGGGCUCGUAUGAGGAUUACUUGAGCAGAUAGAUGGUGCUAAAAGCUAUUGUUCAACUGGGAAGAAGUCUUUCUGUUUGAUCUCGAAACAGCUACUUCAGACUUCAGAGACGAAGAAAUUUUUCAUGAAAAAACAACAUUCAGGGGUAUAAAUGGUUAAAGAAUUUUCCUUUGAUAUUUUCCCAGAAAAAUAAUUCAUGAAUGGUAACCAAGAGUGCCAUGGUUUAGUAUACAAGUUUACUGAAGACGUGGAAACUUCAAGGUAGACCUAAAAGCAGAAAAAGUCUGCCACACAGCUGAGCUUGCCGAGGUUGUUGACAUGCUGGCCCGUACACUUCAUACUUCUAACAAAGGUCUUCAGCUCUUUCUUUCGGUCAUAACUAGCAGGGACUUCUUUACAUCAAACAAUGUCUAUGUUUAAUGAUUCUAGAAUAGGAGAUGCUGUGCUAAGGAGUGAAAUUUGGUAAUCCCAAUGGUAUGUUCGAGGAUGUGAUCCAAAGCACCAUGAGUAAUUAUCAAAAUAAAAUUGUUACAU